AUGGAAGCUCAAUGGGCGCUGGUCAACCAGGAGUACCCAAACUACGAGGAAGCAGAGGAUGGUUACUGGGGAGUCCUGAAAAUUGGCAGAGUAAUGAUGCUUGCCGAAGAGGAUAAUCCUUCUCUGGCGCCCAUAGUAGCAGCACUGCCCAGUGUCCGCCAGCCUGGGCAGACGGCUUUCCCAGAGGAGCCGAUAAUCUACAACAAUCUCUUCUCCGACGCCGUCGACGACUACUACGCCUACAACGGCAGCUCAACCACGCCACCCUGCAGCGAGCCAGUUGAGUGGCUCGUUUAUUUCUUUCAAGAAGGCAUCUCCAAAUCGCAGUUGGCAGAGUUCCGGAAACUGCAGACCACAAACGGCCCCAUGGUGAACAACUACCGCCAGUUGCAGAAGAGGCUGGACCGCGGCAUCGGACGGGGCGGCAACGAGGCGGUGGGCGUCGCGCGGCAACCCAGUCCGGCCGGCACGGCGCCUCCAAGAGCCACGGAGCAGCGCGGCGCAGCCAACACUAGCUGCCCGCUUCCAGGAUCUGCUGCAGGAGUGCCUGGCCUCGACCGGCACCACACGCCCGUGCUCACCGACCCGCUCUGCUGUUCUGCUUGA